GUUUCUUUUUUUUUUACAUUUUUAUUUUAUAUAUUCUUUUAUUUUAUUUCAUAAAUAAUAAUAAUGUUGCGUACUACUUUUAAUACUUUAAAUAAGUCAACACGUCUUAUCCAAAAACCUUUAUCUAUUUCUGGAGCUCGUUUUUAUCAUGAAAAAGUUAUUGAUCAUUAUGAACGUCCUCGUAAUGUAGGUUCCUUUCCUAAGACUGAUCUCGAUGUGGGUACUGGACUUGUAGGAGCACCUGCUUGUGGUGAUGUUAUGAAAUUACAAAUUAAGGUAGAUGAUGCUACAGGUAAAAUUGUUGAUGUAAAAUUCAAGACCUUUGGUUGUGGUUCUGCUAUUGCUUCAAGUAGUUUUAUGACUGAACGAGUUCGUGGCAUGACACUUGAACAGGCAGGACAAAUCAAGAAUACUGAAAUUGCCAAAGAAUUAUGUUUACCUCCUGUGAAGUUACAUUGUUCGAUGUUAGCUGAAGAUGCUAUUAAAUCUGCUAUUAAUGAUUAUAAGAAAAAACGUAGUGCAAGAGCAUAAGAAAAGAAAAAGAACCUUUUAUUUGUUGCUUAUAUCAUCAUUAUUUAUUUAUUUUUAACCAACUACUCUAUCACUCUUGCUUUUCUACAUACACACAAUCUAUUAUACAGCACUCACAUUUACAUACACAUGCACACACACAUAUAUAUAUAUAUCCCUUACUCCUUUAUAUAUAUGUAUAAUAUAUAUAUAUUUGUAAAUAAAAUAUAUUGACACCGUCUAUUUUUAAUGUAAUAAAGGUAUGGGUAUGAG